CAUUCAUUUGUUGUACGAUCUCGUGAACGGAAGUGGCAAGCGAUUAUGCGCCUAAAAGCGGUUCAAAUAUAAAUUGGCGUUUGUCAGAGCCGACGGGCUAUAAAAUUGCAUUUCAAGUUUAUCAAAUGCGGUAUAAAAAUAAAAUAUAAAAUGUGCAAUCUGUUAUUCUGCAUUCAAUGCUUGAACACGAGUACUUUUAAUCGAAAGUUGUGCUAAAUGUUUAAUUGAGAAUAUAAAUUAUAAUUAAGAAAAUUUAUAAAUUUAAGAGUGCGGAAAACAACGAAUAAUAUACCUAUAAAUAUACGAGAAAUUAGAAAACAAAUAUGUUUAAAUAAAAACCAGCAAAUUUGGGCGCUCAUAGAAAACCAAAAAGUAAAGAUCUUCUGGCCUGCCGCUUUUCAAAGCUCAGAAUAUAACCCUUUCUCAGUAAUAAAAAGCUUUUCCAGCUAAUUGAUAAGAAAACCAAACUCACCGAAGGCGCUCGGUAAAGCAGACGAGUAGAGGGAUGAUAGCAACAACACUGAUUUCAACCAAAAACCAACUAAUUGUUAUCUAAUAAAAGAAUCUACAAACAAUAGAUGACAACAGCUGUAUGCUUCUGGAGAACACUUGUUCUGGUGUGAAGCGCACGUGUAGGACACGCGGCCCGUAGCCAACAACGUUUUGUGACGAAAGUCAUAAGUCAAAUACGAGUAGUGAAAUCGGUGGCGACGCGUGCGCGCACUUAGAAAGCAGAAUUUUGAAAAGGAAAAUGCGCAAACUAUUAAAUGCCAAUUAUUCAAUUAAAUAAUUGUGUUUACGAACGAUUGGACGAGUCAAUAAGUGUAGGGAAUUACAACAGCAGCGAUAAUAACAAUAGUAAUACACGUCAGCCUGCACCUUUGUCCAAUAUUACCGCUAGCAUGUUUUCCCUUGACAAUUUCGAUUUGGAAGCGACAAUGGCACGACACUUUUUCGAAGGCUCACAAGCGACGAAUGGUUCCAGCUCCAGCUCGGAAUUCUUUUUUGGCGAUGAUGAUAAUAGCUCGGAGAGUGAUGAAGAUGAUGCGUAUAGCAGUGGAUUCAAUAGUGACCAGGAAAACAAUGAAAAGAGUCGCUUGCACAAACCGCGUCGCUUGAAGUGUGCCUCGCAAAUGGCGCAACAGCGACAAGCGGCCAAUUUGCGUGAACGUCGUCGUAUGCAGAGCAUCAAUGAGGCAUUUGAGGGACUACGUUCACAUAUUCCCACUUUGCCCUAUGAGAAACGUUUGAGUAAAGUGGAUACACUGAAGUUGGCGAUCAGUUAUAUAACUUUUCUGAGUGAAAUGGUGAAAAAGGAUAAAAAUGGCAAUGAACCGGGUUUGAGUUUGCAGCGCAACUAUCAAAAAGAGCCGCCCAAAAAGAUCAUCCUAAAAGAUAGAAGCGGCGGCAUUGCUCACUCGCUCUCUUGGUAUCGUAAGGGGGAUCGUUAUCCGGGCAGUAAACUCUAUGCGCGUACCUGGACACCAGAGGAUCCCCGUGCACCUGCACACACUUCACAUCACCAGCACAAUCACAAUGGAGUACACCAGUCUUUGGGGCAGAUGCCCUUACAACAGCAACAACAACAUCAGCAACAUCAAAUAACAACAACAGCACAACAACAAUUUCACAAUCACAAUCAGAAUAGCAAUCAAAGCGACGAUUCAACCAGUGGCUACAGCAAUUUAGGUGAAGGCAGCAGCACCGGCGGUGGCAGCACAUCAACGGAGGGAUAUUGUGGUGGCGGUCCUGAUGGUGUUGGAGCGCCAAAACUACAAAGCGGUAGUGUUAAUGGUGUACACCAAAAUGGCAUCUAAACACAAUAAUAAUGCACCAAUUCGUGAGUGCAAUUAUAAAAAAGAAAAUAAGCGAGAAUGCGGCAUUGAUUUUGGAAAACGAAGCUAGUCAAAAAUGUGUUAAUAGUAUUAAGUAAAGGUUCUUCUUCAGCGUUACAGCAAACACCAAGUUUCUACUAUGAACUUCGCGCGAAACACAUUAACAUAACUCCUAUGAAUCAUGAUGAUAAAUCAUAUGUACUUAUUUACUAACUAAAACAAGUUCUUCUGUGGUAUAAUAAUUUUAAGUGAGUAUUUAUUUUAUUAGAAUAACUAUUAUAAGUCUAAAAAUGAAUUGAUCUCUUCGAAAAGCUUCAAGAAAGAGUGUUUAUAAACAAUACAAGUUUCAAAACUAUCAGAAA